GGUCUAGGGUCAUCAGAGAGAGUCUGGAUCAGGUCUAGGGUCAUCAGGGGGAGUCUGGGUCAGGUCUAGGGUCUUUUAUAAGUGCCACUUGAUUCUGAGGAGAUUCUUUACUACAUUAAGAGAUAAAAGCUUUUAUGAAAACCAGUUUGGACGUUGGUUAUUGACACUGUUUAAUUCUUGCCUGUGAACAAAGUAGUUUACAGUUAACGUGAGAACAUUGUUUCCAGGCUGGAAAAGAUAAAACAAGGCACAACAAAGAAGAAUUUACUGGUCCUCAUAGAACCACUGACCCUCCAUCUUCUGACCCAGUGACCACCGAUGGAAUGGGUCUCAGAUCCAGACUCUCUUUCAGGAAGAAGGUAUAUAGACGACGGAACAUCAAGAAGCUGAAGCAUCUAGACUUCAGGAUGCUGCUACCGGAGGACUCCAACAUGGAGGUGCUCUCUACCCUUGAGCCGGUCCCAGAUCAGCGCAGCCAUGAGGUGGUGGCUGCUGGUGAGGAAGAGGAGCAGCCAGAUAAGGAGGAAGCAGCAGAGAGCCUGGACCUGCCACCUGUGACCACCAAGGAGGAAGAAGAGGAGGGGAAACCACCUCCAGGAAACCAUGGACCAUUCCAGGUGGACCUGAAAGACCCAGGGACAACAAUGCUAUCAGGAGCUCCUUCUGUGGGUAACAGACCCGAUGGUCCUGGGACCAGCGCACUACAGACACACGUAGUUCUGAGGGUCCGGUUACUGGAGGACUCUGAGACUGAGGUUCUCUCUGACACCGUGUUUACGACAACUCCAGUCCAGGACCUGAAGUGUCCUUGUGGUCUACAGGAGUCUGACUUCCUGGACCACCUGAGGUCCUCCUUCCCUCAGCUGGCUAACGGAGAACCUUUUGACAUCUUCAAAACCAAUCGCAACAGGAAGCUUCUUCCUCUGAGAGUAAAAGCUCUGACUCCAGAGGAGAUCUACUCCACCGUAGAAUCCACCGGAUACUCCACCCUCUACAUUCGCCUGAAGGCUGGAAAAGAUAAAACAAGGCACAACAAAGAAGAAUUUACUGGUCCUCAUAGAACCACUGACCCUCCAUCUUCUGACCCAGUGACCACCGAUGGAACGGGUCUCAGAUCCAGACUCUCUUUCAGGAAGAAGGUAUAUAGACGACGGAACAUCAAGAAGCUGAAGCAUCUAGACUUCAGGAUGCUGCUACCGGAGGACUCCAACAUGGAGGUGCUCUCUACCCUUGAGCCGGUCCCAGAUCAGCGCAGCCAUGAGGUGGUGGCUGCUGGUGAGGAAGAGGAGCAGCCAGAUAAGGAGGAAGCAGCAGAGAGCCUGGACCUGCCACCUGUGACCACCAAGGAGGAAGAAGAGGAGGGGAAACCACCUCCAGGAAACCAUGGACCAUUCCAGGUGGACCUGAAAGACCCAGGGACAACAAUGCUAUCAGGAGCUCCUUCUGUGGGUAACAGACCCGAUGGUCCUGGGACCAGCGCUCUACAGAAACACGUAGUUCUGAGGGUCCGGUUACUGGAGGACUCUGAGACUGAGGUUCUCUCUGACACCGUGUUUACGACAACUCCAGUCCAGGACCUGAAGUGUCCUUGUGGUCUACAGGAGUCUGACUUCCUGGACCACCUGAGGUCCUCCUUCCCUCAGCUGGCUAACGGAGAACCUUUUGACAUCUUCAAAACCAAUCGCAACAGGAAGCUUCUUCCUCUGAGAGUAAAAGCUCUGACUCCAGAGGAGAUCUACUCCACCGUAGAAUCCACCGGAUACUCCACCCUCUACAUUCGCCUGAAGGCUGGAAAAGAUAAAACAAGGCACAACAACGAAGAAUUUACUGGUCCUCAAAGAACCACUGACCCUCCAUCUUCUGACCCAGUGACCACCGUUGGAACGGGUCUCAGAUCCAGACUCUCUUUCAGGAAGAAGGUAUAUAGACGACGGAACAUCAAGAAGCUGAAGCAUCUAGACUUCAGGAUCCUGCUACUGGAGGACUCCAACAUGGAGGUGCUCUCUACCCUUGUGUAUCAGAAAACUCCAGCCCGGUACCUGAAGUGUCCUCGUGGUCUACAGGAGUCGGAAUUCCUUGACCUUCUGAGGUCCUCCUUCCCUCAGCUGGCUAACGGAGAACAGUUUGACCUCUUCACAGCUAAUCAACGCAAGAGGCUGCUGCCUCUGAGGGUGAACUUUCUGACUCCAGAGGAGAUCUACUCCACCAUCACAUCCAUCGGAUAUUCAUACCUCUAUAUUCGCCUGAAGGGAGGCCAGAAAUCAGAGGAGAAAAUGGAAGAUGGUUUUCCUCGAGUCACCAGCCCUCUUCCUGUCCACCCACUGCUCCAGAAGAAGACAGAAACUCGGCUCCACACAAGCCCUCUUCACAUUGCUGACAGUAGAGGAGACGGUUUGUCCAGCAGCUCAGCGUCAAAACCAACGGACCUGCAGACAGAAGCAGGAGCUGAGAACAAUAUGGACCCCAGUAAUGAGGAGGAUGACAGGAACCUGGACUCUGAACAGCAGACACACAGAAUAUCUAAAAGAAAGAGCCCUGAAAGGAAGGUAAAGAAAGGCGAAGGAGCAGAGAGGGAUUGUAAAGUGUGUGGAGUCGCGUUCAGGCACCUGGCGGCCUUGAUCCGACACUCCUGGAGUCACGUGGAGCAGCAGCAGGAUCUCUGUGGAGUCUGUGAGGAGACGUUUGAUUCUGUGGAAAAACUAAAGGAACAUCUAAGAACUCAUCUGAAAGUUUACAGAUGUGCCUUCUGCGGAAUAAAUUUUGUCUCGAUUUUACGUCUCAAGAAACACACGACUAGACACACAGUGAAACGUGUGGCUAGAUGUCAGGUUUGUAAGCAGACCUUCACUAAUAUGUCUGACCUGCACCAUCAUCGUCAGGUUCACAGGAAAGAGAAACCACACCAAUGUCACAUUUGUCUGAGGUCCUUUAAUCUGAAGGACAGGCUCUCAGUCCAGAGAGGGGAUUUCACCAAAGAAGGCAAAUACACUUGUGACGUUUGUAACAAGUCCUCAAAACCUUCAGCCUGUGAUCCAGGACCGCUUGAUCCACUCAGCAGGCUGGGUCCACAUCUGCAAAGUCUGAAAGAAACGCUGUAAGUGUUAGCAGAGCUCAACAUUCCCGGGUUGUCAUCAUCAGGGUUGACGGAGAAAACACCAUACGGACGCGUCAGCUGUCAUUCACAAGAGGAGGAGUUAUUGUUCCAGUCACGUCUUUUAUGCAGUGCUGAAAGCAAUCUCAUUGGUUGUCACAUCAGGUAAAGCAAAUAAUCAAUAGAGCAAGAAACUUUGACAAAUGAGAACAAAACAUAAACAUAAAUACAUAAACUUAUUCGGAGUGCAAAUAAGCAACUCAACAAUAAGCUAUAACUAUAGUUAUAGCUAU